AGCAGUGGUGACAGGGAAGUCCCAGGUAGUUGUGGACUUAUUAUAAUACCUUCUUUGGGUGAGGCAUCGCGUGGGGGGGGAAGACCGGGGGUUGGGGUCACAGCUGAGAGAACAUUCUGCUUCCUUGUUCCACAGCGAGGAAGACGGGAGAGCAGAGCAGUUUGUUGGGGUGCGAUUUUGCUCCUGGCUGCCAGAGGGGAGGAAGCGGUUGUGGGGCAGGGCCUGGCACAGGAACAAGAGCUGACAGCAGCGGAGUUAAUGCUGGGGACUCCAGAGCAUUCAUGUGGCUGGCAAGCUGGAGCCUGCCAGCACUCUCGGGGUUAGUGAUGGGAGCGGAGUUUUAACCGAGACUGCACCGACGAGAGGGACAGUGCUGGGGUGAGGCUUGUUUUAUUCUUUGAUUUCUUUUUUUUUUUUUCCCUUCCCAAUCUUGAGUCUGAAUUUGGCUGAGGCCAGACUACGGUGAGUUGUGAGCUCUCAGCUCAGGAGCGGCCCAUUGGCUUUGGAGCCUGGCAGGGUGGAGUGGGAGGGGCUGUGUUGGGCAUUGCUCGUUAAAAGUGAAAGUGAAUGCGGUGCUGGAGGCCAGUCGUUCGCUGGUGCACAGGACAGGAACAGCUGGGUCUGCAGCCGAGCAAGCCUCCCCACCCACACCGGGAGCCUUGGCCCCCGGAGGCAUCGCUGCUGAGACCACCAGGGCAUUUGGGCUUCCAGGGCCCGUUCGCGUCCUUGGCUACUCUUCAUCGUGUGAUGAUUUGGGUUGGUGGAUUUUGUUCCGUGGACGCCUCCCCAGUGGGCACAAGGCUGAGACCCAACCGCUCAUUUCACACAGGCCACCAGUGGUUGGCUGCUUGCUACUCUCCUGGAACCAGAUUCAAACCAGUGAUCUAGGCCUUGAUGGGCACCGUGUCCCCUGAGCAGCUUGGUGUCCACCGCACAGGGGAUUGGUGUCCCCAGUACCUCUGCCGGCAUCCCAGGGCCACUGACUCCAGCUGGAACUGUAGGUGCCCGGCACCGCUGAACAUCAGUCGGCUUGUUCGCCAGUACAGCGGCCUGGCUGUUAAGCAGCUUCGCUUGGUCCACGGCAGCCAGGAUCGGGCAAACGGCCUGCAGUAGCUUUGUGGCACCUUGCCCUAGAAGGGAAGGUCCCGUUGCAAAGGGAAGGACGAAGUGCGAAAAGAGGCAGACGGGGUGAAACUGGCUAGUGACAUGAAACAAGCGGCUCGAGGCUGAGCGGUUUCAGGGCCAGAGGAUGUUUAUCGGACAGACAGGAUGGCCGAUGGGCUCCCUGCACACGCACUCCGGCUCACGCUGGCAGUGUAAACGCAUGAGGCGCUGCUCCCUGAUGGCACACGGCAGGAGUUUGCACGACAGGGUCAUGUCCAGUAACGUAGCCGGCACACGCCGUGGAUGCAGGCGUCACUGGCUGGCAAAGGGUCUGACCGUGCAGAUAUUGGUGACCAAUUCCUGGCUCCGCAGGACCAAGGAGCUGGGCUGAUCAGUGCCUGGCACAGCCAUGGGCGGUGCCCAGUGCAGAGAGGGAGAGAACGUCUAGCUUUGAGCUGAGCAAGACAGGAGUUUCCUGGGGUCCUCUGCCUGCUCUCUGAUCCCUCCGUUGCAGCCUGGAGGAUACCAGGGGGAGUUUGCCCAAUCCUGCCUCAGUGGGAGAGUUGUGGGAGCUGGCGGCAGGCAGCCUGCACAGAGGGAAGCAUGCAGAUCACCCGCUCCUUGGGGCCCCAUGAAGAGGCAGCAGAGCAGACUGUCUCGUUAUGCAGAUGUACUGAGGUCCCCCUGCCUGGCGGAGCAAUGGCCCCAGGUGCUCCUGGGGAUGCCUGCGCGCUCCUGCAGUGGGUUCUUUUCUCAAAGGCGUGUCCUGACGGGACAGAACUGAGUGCUGAGUGGGGGUGAAGUGGCUGGGGAAAGGCCCUUGCAGCAAAGAGACAGAGGAAGGGAGAGAGUGGGGCUGUUGGUGGAUGUGGGGGGAGGAUAAACAUCAGCUCAGCUGCGUAAGAUUCUCCCCAGGCUGUUGGGAGCCGCUUCCCGGCACACAAUGCCCAGGCACGGUGGGAGGCUCCUCGCAGGGCAGCUCCAGGUCCAGCUGCUCCCCUGGUUCUUGCUGCCCUGGGCUCCAAACCCUAAUGGCACAGAGCAGCACUGACCUCCCUUCCUUUGGGGUGGUGCGUCGGACUCCUGCGGUCGCUUCCCGCUGAGGCUGAGUAUAUGCGGGGGGGACGGGACUGGAGAGAGGAGGCCAAGGAAGUUCUGCCGCUGAGUGCAGUCUGGGGGAUAGGGGGGCUCUCGGCCCCCCCCGGGCGAGGUCUCCGCUCCGCAGGCCCAGCCAGCGUGUACACCGGGCAGCUCUCCCCCAGCGGCUGAGGAGGUGAGAAUUUCCUUUUCCUCACCCCAGCCACAGGAGGAGAUGGGCUGUGGCACAUCACCCCCUCGCAGAGCUACCACCUGGUUUGUGCUUCCAGCGGGACAGGUGACCUGACUUGUUUGGGGCUGGACUGGCAUUUCUCCAAUGCUGUGUUGAGACGGGGACCAGCACAGCUAGGAGCUCCCCCACAGCCAGCCCCCCUCACCAUUCCCUGCAGCGCCUCCUGGGCACCCCCUCCACGACUGCUCCGACAGUGUUGCCUGAUGUGCAGCGCCCAUCCAGCCAUUGAUUGCUUUGCUCGCCGUGACGGAGUGGCCUGUAACAGUGGGUCCGUGUGUCUCCAGCUGCACGGAAGAGGGGGUGGGGUGGAGCCGGUCCUUGCCCUGAAUAGGCUCCCCUGUAGGAGAAUUGCAGCCUCUCCAGCUGCUGCUGCUGGAAAGCCGCCAUGGCGCUCUGAGCAAUGCCAUGUUUGUGUGUGACCUCCCUGGCAGACCCGAAGCUGCCUCAUCUGCUCCAGGAUGGAGGAGCACUGGUCCUAAUGCCCACUUUGAAUGUGGCUGGCACUGACGCCUGGCGCAGACCGCAGAUGGGCCUGCCGGGUUUCAUGGCAGGUCUUGUCUGCAUGCCCAGGUGAAGGGGCGCGGUGUUCGCUGAAGGGCUGGCAGGACGGUAUGGCCAGCCUGCUCAGAGGUUAGACUUACGUUUGAGGCCCGGCAGCUCUUGAAUACGCUGCCCACGCCUGCCGACAUCACGACGAGCGAGGCUUUGGGAGUGGGGAGGUGCGUGCGCAUUACGGCACAGCGCUCCCUUCUGCCUGCUUGUGGAGCGGCUGUGAUCCUGGGACCGGGCUGGCAAGAGGCAGGGAGGGAUUGUGUUUCGGGCUAUGUGUCCUGGAAGGAAGGGCAGGGAGAUGGCUGUGUGGGAAGAUGAAGGCCACUGACCCGCCCUGCUGAUGUUGAGUUGCUGCGUGUGUAACGCCAACAGACCCCGGUUGUCAGUGGGCAGCAUCGAACCCAGGACCUCUGGAGCUUAGUGCAUGAGGCUCCACUGCACGAGCUAAAAGCCAGCUGGUUGUUAGCUAAGGCUGGAGAACAGACUCGUUUAAGGCUCUCUCUCUAAGUGGUUUCGGUGCCACGAGCUGGGACAGAGCACCACCCCCAGAAGGUGUGGGGGUUACCCGUGCAGGGCCGCGGGACGUGGUGCUGGGUUCAGGCUGUGGCCCAGCACGCCAUACCACUGCAGGCAGGAUACUGAAGCGCUGAAUGGAGCCGCGAUGUGACCUACAUUUCCCAAGGAAGCAAGGCGCCCCCAGCCCCCGGAGCUUUCUCGGCGCCUGCCCCAUGAAAUGAUGCAAGUGAAGCCUCUUCUGCCCCGGCAGGUGCCUCCUUAGCAGGCUUCUCGCCCUGCCGCAUCACCUCACGCCAUUCGCCGGGGACGGCAGGACAUGGCCGGUGCGGCACCGUGGGCCUGCUGGGGAGAGGUGGACCUUGGCCAUGGCUCUGGGCAGCGGCAGCACUGGGAGGAGGAGGAGGUGGAGCAGGGGUCUGAGGGAUACAUGGAGGAGAAGGGAGUUGCUGGACUGGAUGAGAACGGACUGGUGGGUGGCGCUGGCCAGUGGGGUGAGUCCCCGGCCCAGGAGCCCGCAGAACUGGAGUUCCUGGGAAACGUCAGGCUUCUGAAGGGGCCACCUUCCCCCGAGGGGCUCUUGGCCCAGAGUGUCAGGAGCUUCGACCUUCGUGAACUGCAGGAGUUUGAGUGGAGCAGUGUCCAAGGAGACAAUGCCAGGAGCCCACCCGCUGAUGACGGUGAGGAGCUAGAGCAUGAUGGGACACAGGAGGACCUAACCUCCCCAGCCCACUGGCAUCCACAGAGAGACAGGCAGCUAGACAUGACUGAAGAGGAUGAGGACCGAGCCAGCUCAGGGGACGUGGAGAGACAGGAGGGGGACUGGGAGGCAGGGAGUGAAGGGGAGGGCUACCCGGAGCUCUCUUUCGAUGGCCAGUAUGGCUCAGAGUACAGCGCUAGCCCCGAUGCUCUGCGGGACGCCCAGGCUCUGUACAGGGACUACGGCAAAUCCUUCAGCUUCACCACGGACGGCGGAGAGGAGCUUUCGGGACACUCCGACGUCAGCCCGCCCCCCUCCAGCACCCUGCCGGAGCGCUCCUCCAAGCCAAGCCAGAGAACCGGAGCUAAUGUCUUUGAAAGCCGGAGCCGGCUCAGAGAGAGCCCGGAGUUCCCCACAGAAACGGAGUUCUCGUCGCCCUCAGGCGGGCAGCUGGACAGCCCCAAGCUGAGCCCGCUGGCCGAUUCCCCCCGCUGGAGCCUGAGCCGGAGCCUCCUGCACCACCUGUCUGUGGAAGACCUUCAGAAUGCCCCGAGCAUCGACGCAGAGACCUUCCCAGACCCCUCCUAUACUGAGAGCGUGGAGGACCCGCCCCGAACCGUCUCCAAGGCUGCCUCUGCUGAUGGAGCGAGGGCAUCCCACCACCACCCCGUGCCUCCGCCUCAGCCUUCGGAGAGCUCAAGGCUCCAGGCAACAAAGACUCCCCCUUCCCUAUGGCAGGCUGGCAGCCAGCAGCAGGACAGGGCUCGGAAGCUGAAGAAGGCCAUUUCCCCAGCACUCCCUUCCAAGUUUAGCAGGCAGUCCAGGUCCCUGAGCCCUCAGGGGAACGUCGGAGAGCAGGCAGAGCGGUCUGGCUCGCCCAAGUCAGGCCCCGCCAGGCCAUCCCUGGCUGCAGCCGAUGCCUCGCGAUACGGGCGAGGCCAGCUCAACUACCCGCUGCCGGAUUUGUCCAAGGUGGAGCCGCGGGUGAAGUUCCCAAAGGACGAUCAGAGUUACCGCCCUCCGCGGGGCAGGACUCUGCCCAUGAGGGCCAGGGGCUCAGCGAGCCCCAUGGUCUUCAAGUCUCCUGCGGAGAUCGUCCGGGAGGUGUUGCUGAGCAGCACGGAGGGAUCCCCGCAAAAAUGCCCUACCCCUUCCACCACCAUGGUGCCCGAGGAGUUCAGGUCCCCGCAGCAAGCCACUGAGCUGGUGAAGCAGCUGCAGGAGGACUACCACAAACUGCUGACCAAGUACGCUGAGGCUGAGAACACCAUUGACCGCCUGCGGCUGAGAGCAAAGGUGAGCUUGUACGCUGACCCGCCAAAGCCCAGCCACAGCGUUCACAUGGGGACCGUGGCCCAUGGCUCCAAGGUCAUGGCUUUCAGCAUCCCACAGACCCGGAGAGCAGAGUUCAGCACCAACCCAGCUCCAGCCCUGCCAGCAGGUCUGGAUGAAGGGCCAUCGUCAGCACCAGGAGACCAGGCUCCAUCCUUUCCAGCUCAUUCUGCACUCACCGGCUUGGCUGGGGUUGACACCUGUACCUCUACGGAGAGACCGUUUCCAGAGGAUCCCCUGACACAGACUUUGGCGGGUCAGGCAAGGAAAUUUGGGAUGCAGGUGGAAUCCUUCGAGGGAUUGAUCCAAAUGGGAAGACUGACCCCGCAGGACCAGCUCUCGGGAUUUGCGAGGCUGAAGAACACGCAGGAUGCUCUGGAGCGAGCGUAUCUGCAGGCCCGGGAAGAGUACCGCCUGGAGCAACAGCGCCCAGGUGCAGCGGGGCCCCUUGGGGACUUCGAUCCAGACAGAGCGGUGGAAGGGGAGAUAUUCCGCCUGGGAAUGCGCUUGGAGGAGCUGAAGGAUGGGAUUGACCGAGCGCAGCAGAUCCUGCCCUCCCCAAGGAGUUGCUCUGCGCCAGCCUUGCCUCCCAGCUGUUUGCCAACCCUGGUCUCAGAGCCGCCACUCUCCUCCCCAAGGCCGUCAGUUCAAGCCCCGAUCCCAGCCCUCCGCACUCCCUACCCUGAGGCCCCUGUUCCAAAGCAUGCCCGCGCUCAAAUGCAAGUGGACGCAGAGGUGAGUUCUGCGAGUGGUGAGACGGAGGAGGAGAGAGAAGAGCUUCCCGAGCCCCUUCGGCACAAGCAGCUUCAAGUGGAGAAGGACUUCGAUAACCUGCUGGACCAGUACAAUAGCUUCAAGUCCUUGCCUGAAUCUCUGAGCAUGGAACAGCUGGGCCUGGAGGAGAACGGCUCCCCACAGGAAGUGGAUGGCCCUGCUGCAGAGGAUGCUGGGACGGCUGAGAGCUCUCUCGGGAUGCUGUCAUUAAAGGAAGAGAGGACGCAUGUGACCACUCAGCCGCAGCCCCCGGAGAGGAAGUCGCACGCCCUGCAGCCCGGGGAACACCGGCAGCUGGUCAGGAAGAGCAGUCGCUUGUCCUCUGUCCAGGGCGAGGAGUCCCUCCCUCGGAACAUGGCUAUUAAAGCCAGGCCCCAGGAUGCAAUCCCCAAGCCCUCCUUCGGGGGCCAGCAGGAGACACUAUCCCGCCAGAGCAGCAUGGCCAGCAUGGUGGGCAGCACCAUUUCUGAGCACCUUCCGCAGAAGCCUUUCCAUCAGGCAAAAUCCUCACGGUCCGAGGAUCAACGCAUUGUGUCUCCAGAGACAGACAGCGGGUUUGUGGGGUCGGAGGCCAGCAGGGUGUCCCCGCUGACGCGCACCCCGGAGCAUCACCCCUCUCGCACUGCGACCCCCGGCCUGCUGGGAAGAUCCGGCCCCACAUCCAGCCCUGCUGCCCUUCGCACUUCCCUGCGCAAAGUGGCAGCCCCCCUGCCGUCGGAAAAGGAACUGCUGGGCAUGUACACAUCCGCCAGCCAGGGGCCCCCCCGAGGCGGCACCCAGAGACACAGCCUGCCCCGUGGCAGCCCCUCCCAAACCAGCUCCCCUCCACAGUGGGCAAACAGCAUCACCAGCGAGGUGGUACCAGACGCAGACAUCACUCACACGGACUCCGAGGCAGAGCGGGACAGCAGGGCCAGCCCUUCUGAUCACCGUCCCAGCGAAACUAGAUGCCCACCCAGCUCCACCACCAGAUCGCCUUCCCCAGUCCGGGCUCACCACGGCCUCCUGGGCUCCCGCGUGGAACGAGACCAGGCCAUCCGGGCUCUGCAGGACGAGGUCUUGCGACUUCGGCAGCGGCUGGAGGAGAGUUUGCACCGAUCCCGCAGCUACCCAGAGGGAAAGUCAUCCCCACGCACCACUAGGAGUAGGAGGCAGCCCGAGUGGAACAGCCCCUCAGUCCGGAACUCAGCCACCUUUGGCGAAUCCACAGAGAGGAGCCCAGGCAAGUUUGGGGAGCCAGCUCCAGUGAUCAAGCCAGCGAGGCGGGUGAGGUCGGCAUCGCUCCCUCGGGAUGGGCCUGAACUGGACCUCGCUUCGGAUUCAGACUGCCCCCCGCCGCGGGCUCGAGAUGGGAAGCCCAGGACAAGCGUCUCCUCCAGGCAGAGCCCUGCGAGGACGCUGACAUUCAAGGGCCAUUACACAGGGACGCGCUACCACUUAUCUGCCCCUGUGUCCCCAGAACGGAGGGAAGACACGGGCCCCACUUCCUGCCUCCAUUGCCAAGGGACCAGGACACAAGCUGGCAAUGCAUCAGCGAGGGACACCGUGAGACCCACUCAGCAUAGCACUCCAAGGCAGAUGCACUGUCCAAUCUGCAGCGGGACCAGGAGCACCCCAGUUUCUAAAACCAGGGAUAAAGCAGCACAUGCAACCGGCCGCAGCACAGAGAGUGCCUCAUCUCAAGGCUCCGGUCGCAGUCGCAAACCCGAAAAGCCGCAGCAGCAGCCUGGCCUGUGGUACCUGGCGGCCCCACCCCCUGGCACAGCUGUCAACUACAUCCCAACAGUGUCCCUGCUGCCUUACUCGCCCUCUGUACUCUACUGUUCUCCACCAGCACCUACCUCAGUCCCCGGCUCAGCUGGCCUGCCUGCCCAUUACUCCAGUGAGUACAGAGUGGCAGAGCUGAAGCCCUGGGCCGCCCGGCAGCAAACCCAUGGUCGCCACCACUCCCUGAUGCUUGACUUUGACGACCUGGAGGACCUCAACUGGUCCUUGAGCCAGGCCGUGGAAGCCGCCAAGAGCAUGACAUUCACCACCAAGCAAAUGAACAGGUCGCUGACCUCUGAACUGAGCAAGGCAAGGCGCCUGAGGGGAUCCUGCCUCUUCUGACAGAACCUGGAGUCGGCGUCCUCUGGGGCCUGACGAGGACAGUUUGAGCUGGCAGGCUGAGCCUCUCCAAACAUCUGGAGAUAAGCCCCUAGCAUACAUCUGGGGAACUGAUUCGCCAAAGAAUGCCUAGGCUGUCCCUCAGCUUCCCACUCCUUCCAGUGGGGCUGGAGAGCCGUCCUCCGGGGCCUGCAGAGCCUGUGACAUACUGGAGUCUCCGCACGGGAUCCGCAGAGGAAGCUAAGCCUGCAGAGUCCUCUCUCCACCCUUCUCCAGAGCCACCUCAGCCCGCAUGUUACAGUUGCCUUCAGCCUCAAGCCUCUCUGCUCAGCGGGACCGGAGCUGCCGUUGCACUGGGGCACAUCACCUGCCCCUCUCCGCUUGGCCAGUAGCUUUCGGUUGUUGGUGGUUUUCUUAAAGGAUCAAAUGUUAAGAUGAAGGAAGACAGUGAAAACCUCGGGACACGUGGCUGGGCAGAGAGCUGCCCUGGCCUCCCGGGGGCCUGAGACCCGCACUUUAGAAUCCCCCUGGCCUUGUCCCUAGAGAGCACCCUACUUUUAAGUAUCGUUUUAACUCCCCUUCCCCUUCUUCCUAUUGGCCAGCUUGGAGAUGGACACCGGCCAAUGGCUUACCAUCGCACUGUGAGAUCCCACCCCUAGCCCCUUGCAGAAAUUCCCACUUGGUCCUUACCCCACCUUGCGUUGCUAAAUCAAUCCAUUUCCAUGUGGAUCUGACCCAGUACACCAUGUCAGAGGGCUACCGAGGCACAGCCCAGCUGGGACAAGCUCUGUUUACAAGCUGAGCCUUUUCACGCAUCGCUCUUGUUUUGUGUAGGACCUAUCAGAAUAAGGCUCCCCUUGCAGCAAACGUUACCUCAGAGUGCUUGUGACGGACAGGAUACAUAUCUCUCUUUUUCUACGUUCAUCUCAAAGGUGAAUGGAGGAGGAUCAGAUGUUUAUGGAAUUUUAUUGUUUUUCUACCUGGUUGCUCCUGGCUGUUGUUAGAAAAAAUGAAGGACAUUCCCAUCAGGGCAAGCCCUAGGCGCCAUCUUCACCAGACCAGGGGUUCAUCCAGCCCUGUCUGACCGGCUCCAAAGCUGCAAUCGCAUCUUCGAGUGCCUUAGGGGGUACAGUGCACAGCCCGGGAGGGAUCAGUCUUUGAGCAGCAGCAGGCAAAGGGUUAAAGGAACAUUGUCCAGAUAAGACGUGCCCAUCCCAGCAGUUUAGAUGAUCGGAGCAGAAACCAUUUUUAGCCACUUCUUUGGUAAUUUUCACCAUAUCUGCUGUUUCUGGCUUUGCUGUGGGGGAAAGGAAGCACAAACGGUCAGUUUCAUUUUCUGUUUCUAAGGCCUGAUCCUGAGAGGCAUUGAGCACUCUUCCUUCUCCUUGAAUUUGGGAGAAGUCACAGGAGCUCAGCACCUCUUAAAGGUCAGCCGCGCGAUUAGAGCCCCGCACUGAUUCUCCCGGGCUAGCCCAGUGCUGGAGCUGGCCAAUGCUGCAUCAGUUUUUGGUUUAACCUUGCUUUCAUUGGCACUUAUUUUGAACUCUCACAACCAUUUCUGUGGAGAUGAAGACCCAAACCUGCAAUCAGAUCCACUGGGGUGCCAUCCCCUUCUCCUCUCCCCCCUCGCCCCCCGACAAGAGCGGAUAGAAAAAUAUGUAAGUGUCACGCAAGUGUUCAUUUUCUCUACAUUUUUUAGUGAAAAAUCUCAACGUUUUCCCACUUUCCACUGGAAAAAAUCUACAGCCAGAAAUAUUUCAGUUUUUGGUUCUUCCCCCUUUCUUUCUCCUUCUUUCUCUGCUGCCACUGAAAAGACAAAGGAGGAAGGAAAAAAGAAAGUAAGCGCUAGAGGGAUCAAUAAUUGAAAAAUUUAAAGCAAAAAAAAAUAAAAAUCCUGUUCCAAAGUUGGAAAAUUACAACCACCACUCCAACCACACAUCUGCGAAAAUGUUCAGGGUUUUUUUGGGGGGAAGGUGAUUUUUUCAUUGGAAUAAAAAUUCAAAUGGAAAAAUUUCAGCCACUCUAUUGACAUCAGUAAGGUUUUUGCAUGUGUGUAGGAGUCUCUUUCUAUCCACCUGUCUGUCCAUCCAUUCCCAUAAUAACCAUCUCUCUAUCUACCUAUCUCUCUAUAUAGCAUCUGAUUUCAGGAUUGUCAUCUAGGUUUGUAAAUCCCCCCUUAAAAAAAAAAAAAAGUUUUAGCCAAAAUUGGACACUGUCCCUUUAAAACCACAGAUCUUUCUGCCAACUUAGAAUUCGGGUUUGGCUUAUAUCAAGCUGUUUGAUCCCCUUAAAGACGCGCCUGUUUGCAUGUUGAUAUUUUUAAUGGAACAUUUGUCAUUGUGGUAGCUGGUGAGUGGCUAAACCACUCUCUCUUCAGGUUUUGGUUAUGUGUAUCUGUGUGUGUGUAUGUGUGUGUAUAUAUAUUCAACAUAAUCCUUAGGGCAUUUCACUUUUUACAUGUAAUUUAUUGGUUUUUUAAAAACUGUUCCUACUGUGUGUGUGCUUUUAAAUUUGUGAGGGGUGGUGCGCAAAUUCUGCUCCAGCCUAUAAUGGUCCUUGUCUGUGCAAAUGGUGCAUGUUUGCACUGGGGCUGGGGCCAGAGGGUCACCAACCAAUCAAGCCUCCUUGGAAAAGGUAGGAACAGGCUCCCUCUACAAUGCAGUAGCAGCCAGUUGCUGUUCUGAUAAUAGGACUUGAUCAGGACUUUGCAGAAGGAGAAUAUAGCACAGGUACUGUUGAGGCUGUAUCCUGUUGCACGUUAGCAUGGAUCAAAGCACGUGCUUGGACAUAGGAGGAAAUCUCUGAGUGAAGGUACAUCCCGACAUUGCUCCCUAUGGUACGUCAUGCCGUCAAAAUUUAAAAUGCAGUAGAUUUAACUCUCAAAAGCUGUCCUAGCAGGGCCUUUCCCUUAUUCCAGCUUGGGUGGCUGUUUUGUGAACAGGUCAUUCAAACUCUCCCAGCAAAAGUGGUACUUACUCUAGUUUCCAAAUCAGCAGUGUAGGGAGAGUUUGACCAUCCCUUUAAACACUGAACUGUCUGACGCUCAAGUGCCAUCUAAACUCCACGAGGGGACGGAGCCUGGGCCUGGGAGUUAAGGUUGCUUGGGGCUUGUCCACACACAGACGUUGCACUGGUUUAACACCACAGAAUCAUAGAAGAUUAGGGUAGGAAGAGACCUCAGGAGGUCAUUUAGUCCAACCCCCUGCUCAAAGCAGGACCAACACCCACUAAAUCAUCCCAGCCAAGGCUUUAUCAAGCCGGGCCUUAAAAACCUCUAAGGAUGGAGAUUCCACCACCUCCUUAGGUAACCCAUUCCAGUGCUUCACCACCCUCCUAGUGAAAUAAUGUUUCCUAAUAUCCAACCUAGACCUCCCCCACUGCAACUUGAGGCCAUUGCUCCUUCUGUCAUCUUCCACCACUGAGAACAGCCAAGCUCCAUCCUCUUUGGAACCCCCUUUAGAUAAAACUAAAUCGCUAUGUGGACACUCAUUGAUUUUAAACCAGGCUUGUAUUGGUAAAUUUAGAAGUGCAAGGUAAAUCAUGAUAAGCUGGAACCCAAUUAGAAGAGUGUGUGUGUGUGUCCGUGCACACUCUUGCCUUGGUUUAAAGUCACACCUUUAGUCAAACCCGUGCAGGCUUAUGUGCAGACAAGAUUUUCAACAGUGACUAGUGAUUUUUGGUGCCCAACCCGACACCCUUUAAAGAUGGCUGAAUUUCAGAGGGCAGGUUAUCAGCACCUCCAAAAAUCAGUCCCCUUUCAGAUGGCUCAAGCUGGACAUCCCAAACUUAAGGCUCUCCUAAGCUCGAGUUGCUUUUCAAAAUCUUGACCUAGGCCUUAGACUAUGUGCUACAGCGUAUGGAAAAAGUCACCAUUUUGGCCUCUGUGAGAGCUAAUAACCUCGUCUUUCCACAUCUCCGCUCAGGGUCUGUACCACGCUCCAUGACACACGUUUCGCCUGGCACAAAUAUAACUGUGCACACAAGCCAUCUAUCAUCAGGCCAUAUCUCAAAAUCCCUGCUGAAGACCAAACUCCCAUUGACUACAAUCGGAACAUUCUUGGGGGUAGGGUGACCAGAUGUCCUGAUUUUAUAGGGACAGUCCCGAUAUUUGGGGAUUUGUCUUAUGUAGAAACCUAUUAUCCCCCACACUCUGUCCCAAUUUUUCACACUUGCUGUCUGGUCACCCUACUUCAGGGGAAGGGUUAAUCUCAGAAAAAUCAUGAAGUAAAGGGUUUUGGGAAUUGAUCCUGAACGUGUGGCUUUGUUUAUAUGUAGGACCUACCCCAAGUGCCCCAUUUUAAAAAUUAUUGCUUAAUUUUUUUUUAGUAGUAUUAUAAUCCAGUUGUGGCUGUUUUUAAUGCAGAAGGCAAGUUAUCAGGUCUCACUCUUUUUAGGGACCUCACAGAGCCACUGAAAUUAUGUCCCAUCACAGACAGUCCUGGAACAAGGGGAAGUUGUGGUCGAUCCAUAAAGCUUCAGAGCUUGCAUAGUGAAACUCAUCUCAAACAACCGCUGACAAAAAAUGGAGUAGCUUAACAGAGGUGGUCUGAACUGAACUCUGGGGGAUAUUUGGGGGGCAGUUUCUUAAAAUGUGUGUUUGUCUGAGAACCUCUGUCCAUGUAGACAACGGAACGCACUGACAACAGCCUCGGCUGUAUAGUGAGGGACAAAGGCCCCGUUUCCAUGCAGCGCCCUGAGCAAUUCUCGUUGAAAUGUGAAAGCUUUGCUUAGAGUGAAGUAGUUCUGUGUGAGGUUUUUUUUUUAAAAAAAAGAUUGCUAGAAGAGGCUUCCAUUUGACAGACCAAAUUCAGGCCUGGUUUUGAAGGGUGCAAUGCCAUUGACUUAUAGAGGAAUUGCACGCACAGCUUUGAAUUUUGCACGUCCUUGUUUUCUUGUCGCAAAGCUGGUUGUACUGUGGCCAAGAGCCCCCAAGCUCUUGAAACAAGGACACUGUGGUUAAUGCAUCCUCGCUGGGAGAACACAAGACAUCCGGGUGUGUGUAUUUAAUUCUAGGAACUGCAAGAACAAGAAGUGACGGUUACGUUUUCAGCAUCUCCUGUUUUUGUAAUGAACUAGCAGAGCCAUUUGACAGUAUUUUGUAAUGAGAUAAUUGCCUAUUUUUUAAUGAAAUAAAUUUGUUUGUUUUUCAAA